CUAAUAAUUACAUAGUUCGAAGUGUUCGAGUUAAAUAAUUAAAUUUAAAGAGGUGUGAUCGAAACCUAUAUUCAAUGUUCAAUUUAGUUAUUAUUCCCAACAAUGUUGAACACUUCAGACGUUUCUCGACCGAAGCGAUAUUUUGGUUUCCAUUAUAUUUUAUUAAGAUUUUUAGGCCUUGGUUGGUGGCAUCAUCCUGACGAAAAUGACACACGGAACUUUCCCGGAUUGUAUUUUUAUUAUGCUCUAUUAACAGAAUUAGUUUGGGUUGUGAUUUUCGUUGGACUGGAAUCGAUAGAUCCAUUCAUAGGUCAUAAAGAUUUAGAUAGAUUUAUGUUCAGUCUAUCAUUUGUUGUAACACACGACCUUACUCUUAUAAAGCUCUAUAUAUUCUUCUUUAAAAAUCGAGAACUUCAAGACAUUGUUCGAAUUUUAGAGAUCGAUUUGGAAGAUUACUAUCAGAACAAUGGUCUGAUUCGUCGCACGAUUAGAGUAACAAAAAUAUUGACGGCCUCAUUUCUAUUCUUCGGAUGGCUCACGAUUGGUAAUACUACUGUAUACGGGAUUGUACAAGAUAUAAAAUGGAAACGAGAGAUAUUACAAUUAAACGAAUCUUUAAUAAGCCCACCAAGGACCUUACCACAACCUAUUUACAUACCAUGGAACUAUGAAGAUGAAAGGCCAUACAUUUUUACCUACGCUUUUGAAACCAUCGGACUGCUUUGGACUGGCCAUAUUGUCAUGACGAUUGAUACAUUCAUAGGAUCUGUUAUUCUUCAUAUGAGCUGUCAAUUUACUAUAUUACAAGAAGCAUUUCUAACAGCUUAUGAUCGAGUCAUUACAAAUCUUUAUCAAGGUAUUCAGAUUAAUGAAAAUAGCGUGAGAAAUUCUUCGGAACACAUUAAUUCUAGAGAUAAUCUUGACAUAAAAGAAAAUGUUAUAAGGAAGUAUAAAUCUGAUAGAGAAAUCGAAGAGGCUUUAAUGUCGGUACUGAAAAGUUGUUUUAAGCAACACCAACUAUUAAUCAGUUGCGUGGAAAAGUUCUCAAUGACGUAUUCAUAUGGCUUCGUGACUCAACUCUUGUCCAGCAUGGCGGCCAUUUGUGCUGUAAUGGUGCAAGUUUCGUUAGAUGCAUCCAGCUUCAAGUCAGUACGCUUGAUAACAUCACUGGCUUUCUUCGCUGCGAUGAUCACACAGCUUGCGAUACAAUGCUUCACUGGCAACGAACUUACUUACCAAGCAAGGCGUGUGGCCGACGCAGUAAUGGAGUGCAAAUGGGAGCGCAUGCCGCCGCGGGUCCGUAAGAUGCUCUUACUGACGAUCUUGAGAGCUCAGAGGCCGCUGCACCUCACCGCUGCAGGUUUCGCUAAUAUGAACAACGAUUGCUUUUUGUCUAUUAUGAAAGCGGCGUACUCCUAUUAUGCUGUAUUAAGCAAACGACAAGCUUAA